AUGCCAGACGACGAGCUCCUUGCCGUGGAACCGACGCGGGCCGCCCUGGUGGAAGUCCCUUCGGCCGCCUCUGUCGUGCCUACCUUGGCCGUUACCGCAAUUGCGCCACAUGCUUUUGACCAAAUUUUUUUCUUCCAGCCUCCCCGGUCGUCGCUGCCGCUAUCCACGGUCGCUGUGAGCAUGCCCCCGGCGCCAUUGUCCCAGGACUCGACGGUAGUGACUGAGCUUGCAGUGGUUGAGGCUAUAGCUACUGACACGCCGAGCUCGCCACCUGUCUCUUCAACGGUCCUGACCGGGCUUAUUUAG